CAAUGGUUCCAAACAAAACGAAAAUAGUACAAGAUUUCUCUCAUUUUGUAAUUGUGUUUUGCUCUGGUGUCUUUUCAUUGCAGAUAUUCUCAAUUUUGCUCAAUUAAAUUCACUCUUUUUUAAUAUUUAGUUGAAUUACCUCAUAACGCAAGCCUUAUUAAGAAUUACAUUAAACGCGAGCCAUCAAUCUUAAACAUAGUUUCACUGACUGCUGAUUAUACUUUUCUAGCUUGCCAAAUUUUGAUACUUAUUGGUUUUUGUACCACCUCAAACGAACAGCUGAUUUUUAUAGAAUCAUAAUCGUGUUAUAUUGAGGGCUGAUUUCGUAGUACAUUAUCUUGCGUCUGUUCAAUUGCAUUUUGAUGAGAAGAUAGAGUUAGAGAACUCAACGAAGGUAGCAGCAGUUAAUAUAGUAGUAACAACAGUCGACGACACUUGUAUCAGCGACAAUGGGCGAUGGAGCUGACUUCCAGACUGGCGUGUUCUCCUGCUUCUCCGACAAGACUCUCUGUCUGAUGUCGUUCAUGUUUCCCAAUUACGUGUUCGGCAGGAUAGCCGAGGUGGUGUUGAUGGAGGGAGAGAACUACUACACUGGCGUUCUCAAGUACAAAGACAACGAGUGUCCGAGAAUAGUAGAUUCGCUCAUGUGGAUGUCCAUGUUCAGUGCACCGGCCCUCUGCUUCAUCCGACAGAAGCUGAGGAAGCAACUCGGACACGAACAGGAGUCGAAAGAGAUCGAAGACUUCAUCUUCUCCUGCUGCUGUCCCUGCUGCGUCACUUACCAAAUGGCUAAAGAGAUGAAAUUCGCGCCCCUCGCUCGAGCCUAGGAAAGUGAAAAAGCUCAAGCUAAUACUUUUAUGUGAAUUUCAGUUUUUUAUAUGAGUUAAACCCUUUUGUAUUGUUAUUCAGUGAUGACAUCUUCAGAAUGAUUGUGAAAAUGUUUUCAAUUCUUGAAAUGAGCAAUUGUCCUAAAAUUUUUUCUGAACGAUCCGCAUGGUUGCAGUGUCAUCGCCGUAGUAAUCAGAUCAGCUUGAAAAAGAUGCAAACUGUAAAUGUGUUUAGAUUUUUGUUCAUGUUUCUAUUAUUUGUACAUCAAUUGCAGAACUUAAAGUUUU